AUAAAAGUCUGUGAGACUCAAUAAAAGUCUCCCCGAUCAUCUGACACGACACGGUCAGCUGAGAGGAGGAUGCUGCUGAUGUCACGCUGCUAGUCGCUCCCGCUUCAGACGUCCACGCACCGAAACACGGUAGUGAGCUCACUGGAGGAUGGCGUUCGUGAAGAGCGGAUGGCUGCACAGACAAAGCACCAUCUUGCGACGCUGGAAGAGGAACUGGUUCGACCUGUGGUCAGAUGGCCGUCUGGUCUUCUACGAUGACCAGCAGCGGCGGGACAUGGAGGACGAGAUCCACAUGAAGGUGGACUGCAUUAACAUCCGCAACGCCAGCGCGUGUAGAGAGCUCGCUCCACCCGAAGGCAAAAGCAAAGACUCCCUCCUGCAGAUCGUCUGCCGGGACGGUCGGGUCAUCAGCAUCUGCGCAGACAGUGCAGACGAUGCUCUAGCUUGGAGCAUGGCCCUGCAGGACGCCCGGCUCAACACCAUUGUGCCGCCUCCUCAGGUGGGUUUUGCCGAGGACGUCGUGGCAUCAGCUCCUCCACCCUAUUCUGAAUUAAACCCUACUCCACAGGUUUUCUAUCCCGACGGAUACGGUGGUUAUGUUCCUCAUCCUCCUCCUUACGCCACACAGAUGGUCUACUCCGCAGACGGCCAGCAGUAUGCAGUUGCCUACCCGUAUCAUUAUCAAGGCGGAUACGCCCCGGCCGUCAACCACGUGAUGGUGCAGGAGCGUCGCCGUGACGACACGGGUGACGUGGCUCUGGGGAUGCUGGCCGGUGCUGCGACGGGAUUGGCCCUCGGCUCUCUGUUUUCCGUAUUCUAAAGUGUUGUUGUGAACCCAGCCCAACCCCUCCUGACCCACAGCGCGGGAAACCCGUCCCAUGUUGUUUUAACUCUGCCUCGUGACGCGCGGGUCUGAUAAUGUAGCCGGGCUGGGCCAGUGUUCACUUACCUUUCUGUAUUUAUCUUUGUACCAAAGCUUAAGUACUUUUGAUUAGGCGCCAACAAACGCGUUUGUUUCGCAAAUUUAAUCUGUAGCAUACAAAGAUACGCACUAAAAUAUCGGCGGCUGGCCUGGAGAUGAAGGUAAGCGGCGAGGUUUAUAGAUCAGCCGCUGUUUAGAAACACAAAGCGUCUGUUGAGGGGGGAUUUUUAUACUAACACUGUUCUGUGAAGAAAUAACACAGGCCUUGAUGAAAUGAAUGAUGGGCACGCCGUUAUUUCUUGUUUCUUGCAGCUUGCAAAGACAAAAUAGUGCUGAAUUUAAAUGUUUGCAACAGUCUCGGUUAAAAUGAAUAGUUCUCUCAAAUGAAGAUUCUGUUAUCAUUUUUAAUUUGUAAAAAUCUAUUAUCGAUAUCGGUGUUUUGUUUGCUUUAUAGACAUGAAAUAUUUAUUUUAUUUUAAAAAAAGACAAAUGAAUUUGUGUGUGUCGUGUAUAGAUGCAUAAACAUUUUUCAUUUGUCUUUUUUAAUUAUUGAUGAAAAUAUUUAAAGAAUUCUUUGAAAUGAACGUUUUCAAAAAUUAAAGAAGCAGCAGCUUGAGGUUUGUGUUAAAUGUCUAUAAAAACCAUGUGAUUUUAAAAAAUUUUAGGGUGAGUAAAUGAAAGCAUGAUUUUCAUUUUUGUGCGAAAUAUUCAUUGAAAUCUAAUUCGACAGGAAAACCUGUAAUAAUAUUUAUGAUGAUAAAUGAUUAAUAGUGUGAUGAUGUAAUUCAGAAACAGUGAAGAGUGUGUCCUUAACUCCUUCUUUGCCUUUGUUUUUUUUUUUUUGUGGUGGUGGCCUAUAACUAAUUUUACUGUUUAUUUAUACUUUGUGUUAUCAAGUGUGUAUUUUUUUUUUUUUGUUGCCACUUUACACUUUCUCUGAGUUAUAUAUUUACUUUGAAAAAUGUCAGAUUUUUUCUUGUGCGUGUGUGUGUGUUUUUGUUUCUUGUUAAUUCAAAAUGUAAAACAUUAUUCACAAUGUUUGUGACGGGAUGCGAUAAGGGAAACUUCAGGGAACAGUCGGAUCGAUUACGUAACGAUUUACACUUUACUGUACUUUGACUUUUGUGUUUGAAUAACAGGUGUAAUCAUGAGUAUAUGAUGAUGAUAAUAAUCACGAUUAAUGCAUACAAGGUGUAUCAGUUUAUUUCAGGUCAUGGUUUAGUUGAACUCUGGUCCUUUUAAGUGUUUGUGACCCAGUGUAAUGGACCAGCGAUUCAGAAAAAAUACAUCUGACACCAUACUUGAUGCUCAUAUGCUUUAUCUCUCUUUUUUUAUUAUUGGUUUGCAGUUCGACUCUGAAAAACAUAAACUAUUUACAUGUUAAUAUAUACCCACAUAAUCAUCGGUGUGUUAUUUAUAAACUAUUAAAAUAAGAUGUCUUGAGAA